UUCUUUCAUUCGGUUGGAAGACAAAGUAGAGGGAGGCGGUGGCCGCGUGGUGUUUACAGCUUUCCGAUUUUGCUUUGCUUUUUGUAGCGUUUAUUUCCCCUACUUUUGUUCAUUUAUUUUAUUUUGGUAAAUUCCCAGCUUUUGCUCUUUUAUUUUCCCUUCUCCUGUGUGCAGGUUAAGGUUAAAAAGGCGGUCUCGGCCACAACAGUUGAACGGGACGAUAGGAAUUCAUUCAUUAAGCGCUUUGUCCCGCCGUUUAAUUAAACCGGUAUAAAUUAAUUUUCCACCUUUGUCGCUAGUAAUUGUUUAAUAAUGGCAACGGCGACAUCCACUCCGCUCGGCCAGAGAACAAGUACCCGUUCCAGUAGCAGCACCACUCCUCUGAGCCCUACUAGGAUCACGCGGCUGCAGGAGAAAGAAGAGCUUCGGAACCUGAACGACCGACUGGCGAUCUACAUAGACAAGGUGCGCAGCCUUGAAUCGGAGAACAGCGUCCUACAGCUGCAGAUCUCGGAGAAAGAAGAAGUGCGCAGCCGAGAGCUGACGGGCUUGAAGGGUCUUUACGAAACCGAGCUCGCGGACACCAGGAGGUCACUUGAUGACACCGCCAAAGAGCGAGCCCAUUUGCAGAUAGAGCUGAGUACGAUUCGCACCGAGCACGAUAAGCUUCAGCAAGACUUUGUAAGAAAAGAAGCAGAACUUAGUGGAGCCCAGGCCAAAAUUAAAGAGUUAGAGGCUUCUCUUCAUGCUAAAGAGUCCAUUCUAGCAGCAGCACUUUCUGAAACGAAAUGGGCUGAAGCCAAUGCAGCAGAGAAGGAAGAACAGAAUGCACAACUAGAGGCACUGUUGGCUGCAGCAAGAAAGCAGCUAGGGGAAGAGACGCUUCGAAGAGUAGACUUUGAGAAUCGAUGCCAGAGCUUGGCUGAGGAAUUGGAGUUUCGCAAAAAUAUGUUUGAAGAGGAGAUUAAAGACACACGGCGCCGGCAUGAAACCCGUCUGGUAGAAGUUGAUUCUGGGAGACAGAUGGAGUACGAGUUCAAACUGGCACAGGCACUGACUGACAUGAGAGCCCAGCAUGAUGAGCAAGUGAAGCUGUAUAAGGAGGAAAUGGAGCAGACCUACAUGUCCAAACUUGAAAACACAAGACUAGCUUCUGAGAUGAACAGCAGCUCUGUUAGCCUGGCCCGUGAAGAGCUGAAAGAGGCAUAUCUAAGAGUGGAAAGCUUGUCUGGUCAACUAGCCAAUCUUCAGAAAGAAUCACGUGGAUGGCAAGAUAGGAUCAGUGAGCUUGAAGAUGCUUUGUCCAGAGAGAAGGACACAAGUAGACGGCUUUUGGCUGAAAAGGAGCGGGAGAUAGCCGAGAUUAGACAGAAAAUGCAACGACAGUUAGAAGAGUAUGAACAGCUCCUGGAUGUGAAACUCGCUCUGGACAUGGAGAUCAAUGCAUAUAGGAAACUACUAGAAGGAGAAGAGGAGAGGCUUAAGCUUUCUCCUAGCCCUUCUUCUCGUGUGACUGUCUCAAGAGCAUCUUCCAGCCGUAGCGUUCGGACCACCCGUGGCAAGAGAAAGCGUGUUGAUGUAGAAGAGUCAGAAGCCAGUAGUAGCAGUGUUCGCAUUUCUCAUUCGGCAUCUGCUACUGGGAAUAUAUGUAUUGAGGAAAUAGAUAUAGAUGGGAAAUAUAUCUCAUUGCAGAACACUUCAGAGCAGGAUCAGCCAAUGGGUGGUAUGGAAAUGAUACGAACAAUUGGUGACAUAUCUGCAGUUUACAAGUUUACACCAAAAUAUGUCUUGAAAGCUGGCCAGAAAGUUACUAUCUGGGCCUCAAAUGCUGGCGUUACUGCAAAUCCACCUACUGAUCUUCUAUGGAAAAAUCAAACCUCCUGGGGUACUGGAGAAAAUGUGAAAGUAACACUAAAAAAUUCUCAGGGAGAGGAGAUGGCCCAAAGGACCACUAUUUUUAAAACAUCUCUACCAGAAGAAGAGGAGGAGGAGGAAGAUGAUGAUGACCAUGAACAAGUUCAUAUAAGAGAGGCUCAUGUCUUCCACCAGAAGGGUGAACCAAAAGAAUCUAGAAGAGGUUGUUCGAUUAUGUGAAGACAUUAAGAAUGACCGUCUUUCCCCUGUUGAACCAAUGUGCUGCCAACUUUAUAAUUUCCUCAUUUUUUUUGUAUCAUUUAAUAUUUUAUUUUUAAUUUGUAAAAUAUAAAUUCUUUCUUUUGCAGUUGAACAUGUAUUUCGUAAACACUUUUUUUUCUGCACAUUCUUUCGAUGAACUUUGAAUUCUGAGAACACUUAAUACAUUUUAGUGGGUUAUACUAAUUAUGUACUUUUUUUUUUUUUUUUUAAAGUGUGAUUUGAAACUUUUUUUUUAAUUUCUCUGGCAGCUUGCAGUUUAAAACAUGUAUUCAGGUUUACUCCCUACUUAGGUGCUGGAAAACACUUUUACUAUUUUCUUAUCAUAAAAAAAAAAAAUCAGCAUUUUUUUUAAAGAAAUAGUUUUUAAAAAUGUCAAUGAACAUGUUGAGAAUUUGAAGGAUAUUCAGUUAGGUUUUACUGUGUACUGUUAGUUUGGGGGUGGGGAUGUAGCUAGGUAUUGGUUAUAAGGGAUUAGUCUUUUACAAAUAAUAUGAAAAAAUAAACAUUAUUUAAAGCUUC